AUGUCUGAAGAUAAUCAAGCCAUGUCGAAAACGACCAGAGACCUUCUUACGAAAGUCAGAAAGAUUGUGCCACCGAUGCUGAGCAAAUUUCACAAAGGGCAGAUGGGUAGGAUAGCCGUUAUUGGGGGGAGUGAGGACUACACCGGUGCUCCAUACUUCUCUGCAAUGGCUAGCGCAAGGCUGGGUGCAGAUAUGAGCCAUGUUAUUUGCGAACCCAGAGCUGCGCAAGUUAUCAAGACAUACUCGCCAAAUCUAAUGGUUCAUCCAUUGAUGCGACAAUCCUCUCAUGCAACGAUGACCGAAUCAGCGAGCUCGAUUGCUCAAAGCAUUAUUGAUAUGCUACCGCGAUUACAUGUGAUAGUUAUUGGACCUGGCCUGGGACGAGAUAAAUUAAUGCAGGAAACAUGCGCGAAGGUACUCGAGGCCGCUAGAGAGAACAAUAUGCCGUUUGUCCUAGAUGCGGAUGGGUUACAGCUCGCGCAGACCAGACCGGAGCUUGUGCAAGGGUAUAGGGAGUGCAUAUUAACACCCAAUAUUGUGGAAUUUGGAAGACUUUGUAAGAGUAAAGGUAUUGAUGUUGAAGGUUUGAAUGGGGUGGAAGGUGCCGAGAAGCUGGCGAAGGCCUUUGGUGGUGUCACGGUCAUACAAAAAGGAGCACAGGAUUAUAUUUCCAAUGGCGACAAGACGUAUGUGAGUGAUAUUGAGGGAGGGUUGAAGAGGAGUGGUGGACAGGGCGAUACGUUGACUGGAAGCCUGGCAACAUUCCUGGGAUGGAGAAAGGCAUAUUUGGAUAAAUUGUGGGAUCAUGAUGGAGAUACUGAUGAUAUUGAAUCAUUGGCCUUAGCAGCAUUUGGAGGUAGCAGUGUAACAAGAGAGUGCUCGAGGCUAGCCUUUGGCAAGAAGGGCAGGAGUUUGCAAGCUAGUGAUCUUACUGAGGAAGUGUACGCCGCAUUUACGAAUCUUCUCGAGUCCGAAGAUUCAACUGUUAAAUUGUAG